CCAUUUUAAUCUAGAUUAACGCCAAGAUUACAGUGAGAUUAAUCUAGAUAAAAAAUAUGUAUGCCCACCACUAGUUUAGACUUUUGCAAAGAGGUGUGAAUGAACCUGAUACGUUUAUAAAAAAGGGUAAAUUGUGUUUAAAGACUGGGUCACAUGGCCUUUCUGCUGGGAAUUUGGCUGAAUGGUUUUGUGAGGAUGGUUUACACGUGUUUUAGCAAUCGAGAAAAACUGUAAACACGACACAAUAACUUGAAGGCUACCGUAACGAGGCUGACACCAUUGUGUAAACACAAAGCCCAUCUCUAUCAUGACGUCAGUGGUGCCGUGACGAGUCGAUACGUUGCCAAACAUGGAGGAAGUAAGAGUCUUUCCACUAUCCUGUGUGAUUCAGAAGUAUGCGUGGGGCAAGAUUGGCCUGGACAGUGAAGUUGCCAAACUAGUUGUGAGUGGGGAUCCAUCAGCUGUUAUAGAAGAUGGCGAACCCUACGCAGAGUUGUGGAUGGGAGCCCACCCAAAAGGAGACGCUCUCAUCACAGACAACAGGAUACCCCAGAGGACCCUGAGCCAGUGGAUAGCCGACUACCCCGGAACCCUGGGAUCAAAAGUCAAAGACACCUUCCAGGGCCAGCUGCCUUUCCUGUUUAAGGUCCUGUCGGUCAACACAGCCCUGUCCAUACAGGCCCACCCCAACAGAGAGCUGGCUGCAAGGCUGCAUUCUCAGUUUCCAGAGCACUACCCAGACAAGAACCACAAGCCAGAGAUGGCCAUUGCCCUCACUCGCUUCGAGGGCCUGUGUGGCUUCAGGCCUGUGGAGGAGAUAACCAGCUUCCUGACAUCUGUGCCAGAGUUCCAUGCUUUGGUGGGGAAUGAGGCAGCUGAAGAGUUGCUAAGCAGCAUGGGAGAUGCAGUAUGCAGCUCUCUGGCCUUGAAGAAGUGCUUCACCAGGAUGAUGAACUGUGAAAAGAAGGUGUUUGUAGACCAGCUCAACAUGCUCGUCAAGAGAGUCACUGAGGAAGGAGCGGCCGGCAGGGACUCGGGCAGUAAUGGGGAGCUGCUGCUGCGGCUGCACUCCCAGUACCCCGGAGACAUCGGCUGCUUCUCCAUCUACUUCCUGAACCGCGUGGUCCUAGAGCCGGGGGAGGCCAUGUUCCUGGGAGCCAGCGAGCCUCACGCAUACCUGUCUGGAGACUGUAUCGAGUGCAUGGCGUGUUCUGACAACACGGUGCGCGCCGGACUGACGCCCAAGUACAUGGACGUCAACACGCUGUGUGAGAUGCUGAACUACAGCCCCGCCCCAGCGAGCGCCAAGAUCUUCCCCUCUGUACCCGACCCCUCUGACCCCAACAUCCUCCUCUAUGACCCCCCCGUCCCUGACUUCACCGUCAUGAGGAUACAGGUGCCCCCGUCUGUGAAGAGGUACAGUGUGGCUCCGCUGGACUCUGCAGGCCUCCUCCUGGUGGUUGAGGGGGAGGCUACAGCCACUGCAGCGCUCGCUGACAUCACCCUGACCAGGGGCACAGUCAUCUUCAUCUCAGCCAAUGAGAGCGUCUCCCUGCACAUCACCUCCCAGUUUGGAAUGACCAUGUUCCGGGCCUGCUGUCUCCUGUAGGCCCAUCAACCUAUCUCGCUGUCUCCAUCAUCAUGCUAAGGCGAUGCCAGUAGCACCAGUGUACCAGUGUGGGUACACAAAUCAUGCAUGAUCUAUGAUCUGUACUUAGGAAGAUUGUAUAUUUCCAUUGGUGCAGUAAUGUGUAUCUACCUGCCCCUCUUGACAAUUUAGAAUGUUUAGUUGGGACUUCUGAACCCAAUGUCAUUAUGUGCUACAAAGAAAUAUUCCUCUAAAUAUUCUACUGUUCAUUUCCCUACAUGGUAACGUCAUAUGUUGAGAUUCCUGCAUGUUUAGGAAUAAUAAAUACAUGCAUUUAAUACACACUGCUGCAUGUACAGUACAUUAUGUAAUUAUAGAUUGUUUAACUACAAAAAUGAGUGUGCUGGUACUGUAUGAUAACUUGAUCCAUGACUUUGUUGUGUUUACAACGAUGUUUGCACAAGGGCCAGUGGCCUUUUCAUUUCAAGUAAUUGCUGAAAAGACUUGAAGUAUGGUCUUCCUAGAACAUACACCCACACGGCCAUUCACAAAUGAGUACCUCAAAUUUCUGGACACAAAGUAUUGAGACAUUUUCUGGUUAUUUGUAGUAUUGUUUGAGUCAUACUGUGCCAGUUCCACAGUAUUAAAUAGUAAGGAAAAUAAUACCUGGGGUUUCAAAUUGUCAUACAUUCGGCUACUGAACUUGUAUGUUUUGGUUUGAGAUCGUUGAACUGUUUGAGGCCUGUCCAUGUGGUACUGAUCUGUCAUGAAAUGAAAACUGUUUCUAAGGAACUGACAAUAAGUUACUGAAAUUGUUUUUUUCUGCCAAUUGGUUCAGCUGAUAUUUAGUUAUAUAAGGACAGUUUGCACCUAAAUAUUAAUAACAUUUUGGUUGAAAAAUACUACUGUUGAUUUGAAGUGCAUUGUAAUUUGACUAUUACAAAUGUUAUCUUUUUCCAGUGAGGGAUUGGGCAUGGGUUUACAUUUAGAACACUGUAGCAUGGAUUUCUACAGAGAAUGGCUGCAUAUUAACCUGAAUUAAUAAAGACCUAGUACAGCCAA